CAGAAAAUUAAAAUAUUCUACCUACCUACCCUGUUUCAAAAAAUAGGGUUGAAAAGGGGCAACCAAAUAAUUGUUUUAAUUCAGGCUUCAAAGCAAUGCAUUGUCAUUUGGACCAAUAACAUCUGCUAUCCUUAGUAAUGUAUUAUCACUAUACCCAUCUCUGAACUUAAACCUGUUACACCCCUAUUAAAGUGACUCAAUUGUUCUGUGUUCUUUCUCAUCCUUUUAUCUUAAUCAGCACCUGUAUCAUUUGUACUUGUGAUGUUAAUAAUGUUUCCUUAAUUUGUGAUCUAUUUUUCAUAAAUAUUCUACUAUUGGAAAAAGGUAACCUUAACAACAAAUAAAAUCAUUAGUGAUACAGGGAGCAUUAAGUUAUAUACAUCACCAUUGAAUUAAAACCACAUGGUAUCAGAGAGAUCAGGCUCACCAGCACAGGGGGUAUAUACUGUAUGAGGAUUCAGAUUCAAUCAAUGAUGCAGCAGCAACUGUUUACUCUGUGAUGCAAUGAUUAUAUUGGUUUGGCAUAAACAAUUUCAAAACUAACAUCUUUUGUGAAGGAGAUUAGGAGGAUUUUCAUAAACAGAGGAUGAUGGCCCACUGUGAAAAUCUAAGCGAACUAAAUGUCUCCAUUUCCAAUGAAAAUGAUACUAUGGAGUCUACUCUGGAGAAAAACCUGCGUUUCAUAUUCAUGGACACCGGGGUCCCAGCUGUCAGCGCUUUUGGAUUAAUAGGAAAUUUCCUUAACCUGCUUGUGUUGACAAAAGAAAAGGUCAAUCAUAGUCUGACCAGGAUGGAGAAAUCUGCUCAUAUAGGAUUAAUUGCUUUAGCAGUAUCUGACUUUAUGUUCUGUCUGCUGGCUCUGCUGUUCACCAUUCUGCCAUCACAGGACACCUAUCACGAGUUAAAUGGGACCUUGUACUAUCUUUGGCUGGGAAAUGGAUUCAUUACCUUUUUCAUUAUCAACAGUACAUGGUUAAUUGUUGUGAUGGCUGCAGAAAGAUACCUUGCUGUUUGUCAUCCUUUUCGAGCAAGAAAACUAGUAUCACUCAAAAAGACAAAAGUUGCCGUCUGUAUAGUGUACGGAAUCUGUAUGCUCUCAACCAUACCUCUGUUUUUUGAACGAAAAAUAGUCGAAAAAACAUGUGUUGAUGGUUCAAAACUAUAUAACAUAGAAAAACGAAAAGGCUACAAUGACCAGACAAGAAGAAUGCUAUGGUCCAUUGUUUUUGACUUCAUUCCAUGUAUUGCUCUCUUGUAUUUCAAUGUUUGUCUGGUGUGGAAAAUUCACAAGGCCAAACAACUACGCAGAGAGAUGACCCAAGGACAGAGCAGUGACAUGGUCAUGUAUCGCUCCUCCAUAAAAACUACAGAAGACCAAGGCACCAACUCAUCCUCACGAUCUAAUAACAGUUUUACUCGGCAUCGUCAAAAUGAUUUGGCAGAAAAUUCACUGAUAAAGAACAGGAAAUCUGGAAUGCUCUCAAAAAGGAAGAGAGGGUCAGACAGUGCCUUAAAUAGUGUAACUGCGACUUUAGUGGCAGUUGUUGUGCUUUUUUUAAUCCUUGUUUUCCCGUCUGAGGUUAUUAAGUUCAUAUACGCCAAGACUCACCAAAUUGACAACACUCACAAGAAUAAACAUUACUAUUACCACCAGAUUAUACUGCAUGUGACAAAUUUUAUGCAAACUUUAAACUUCUCGGUUAAUUUUAUCUUGUACUGUGCUGUGAACAAAUCUUACCGGAAAACUCUCUACAAACUGUUUUGCUUCUGCCAGUCUAAACGGCCUAAAGCUCGAAUCAUGAAGAACAAUAUCAUGCAUAAAACAGAAUGUCAUGAUCUGAUAUGAAUUAAUAUAAUUUGUUUAACCACAGUGGUGAAAGAACUCGAAUAACAGUUUGUGCAAGAUAUUUCUGAAAAUGCUAUUGAGUAAAACUUCUGUAAAUCAGUCAGCUGCCAGAUCGAAAAAAGGCUCUGUUUACAGGGGUAGAUGGUUUGUUGAGAAUUCAGUUACACCAUUUUCAUGGUCUAACAAUUUUAUGGUACAAUUUACUAGUAACAUCAACAUGUAAAUAAUGGCUGCAUGUAGAUCAUGUUUUCCACUCCUUUAGCUGCUUGGGUUCUUGUGGCCAGUUUCAGGAAUAUUUCUUAUGUUUUUUAAGGUAUAUGUACAAAAUGUGGUCAAUGUUCUGUUGUCAGAGGAGAGAAUUUCUGUUUUAGAAACAUAUCAGGAACUAGCUGUGACUUAAUUUCAAAAUCGGCUGAUUUUGAGAGGGAUCUGUUUUCAGACAAGUUUUGGUGUAUAUCAUUCCAUUGUAAACCCAGUACAUUAAUAUUAUAUUCAGCUGGAUAUUUUACCAAAAGAUCUUGCUACUAAGAUCAAUAUUUGUACAUAAAAAAAAUGAAAAAUAUUGUAUGUAUAUACAUGUACAUGUAUAUUCAUCAUUUUUAUUUCUGCAGAUUUCCCAUAAAUCUGUAUUUUAAAAUGUGCAGCCUAAGAUAAAUUCUAAAGUAUAUUUGGUCUUAUAGUUACAAGACCAUUUGUAAAAUGAACUCUCAGUAUUUGGACCAAUUCUUCUUCUUCUUUUUUUUUGUGCCGGUGGCAGGAAUACAUUUUAAUUUUUACUUUUUCUUUCAAAGAAAAACAUGGUUACCAUGCAUACCGUGAUUGAAAAGUACUCAUCUACAGCAAUAAAUACAUAAUUGAACUAUAAGCAUACAUUACAGAGUAUUCUACCACAGUUAUUGCAAAUUAAGAUCAAAGAAAUGCCGCGGUCAUAAUUAUACGAUAUUACCUUCAUAUGUACUAACUGAUUAUGAGAAAAUCAAUACACAUUUUGCUUGCACUUUGAAUUUUCUAAUACAUCAAUAAAGUAGAUAACUGAUAAUUCAGUUUCAUAACAAUAAAAAUCAAAUAAUAUAUCUUAUAAAAGACUGAAGAAUAUCUGUAAUUCAAAAUAAAUCAAUCAUCUACAUUCCAAGAUGGACAUAGUACAUGUAAACAAGCAUGGCGAUGCACAACUAAGUUAACCUUCUUCCACGUAUGUGUAGUAUUCUUGGACUGUGUAUUCAAAGCAGUUGAUAUCAUCCGUCAAUAUUAAACUAAAUAAAUGAAAUAUUUUUCAAAAUAGAUCUAGAAUACCCUACCACCUCACAUUUUUCGUCAGCAAAAAACAUGUAGGCUUAGUUUAAUUGUUUCAGAAACUGCCAUGACAUCACAGAGUGACCUAAUUAGUAGCUCAGCUAGUAUACUAAGUAUAAGUAAAUGAUCGGCCGUAUAUUUCUGAGCCGUACAUAUACAUGUAGUAAAAUACAAUAGUAUAUAUAAGUUCUUGUUUUUGUGGAUGAUGCGCAGGAGACCUCCUCGGUCUUGAAAUGUUGUUUGAGGUGGCUAACAUCACAGGUUUUAUAUUUCAAAACAACAUUUCUUGACCUUGGAGGUUAUCCUGCAACAUCCACAAAAACACAAAUUUUAUUUCUUUUAAGAAAAUUUUAAAAUAUUCCACUAGAUUACUGAGUAGACAUAUCAUUUGUUUCAGGAGCCUUCUUUGGAUACUAUAUUGUUAAAUAUUUUUCAUCUAGAAAUUCCCAAGGCAUUAUUCUAUUUCACUUACAAUUAAUAGUUGCUAGUUUCCCUGUUGAAGCUGUCAAUUUGCCCCAAUUAUCAAAUUCCAAUUUGUUAAUCAGUGUCAGAAAUAAUAAUUUUAAAAAAAAGUAAUAUAAACUGAAUUCAAAGGACCUGUAGGCAAUUUUGUAGAAAAAGGCACCACAAUCAGGUGUUGCAUAUAUACUUAUCAAUUUCUGUACAAGCUUUUCUAGCAACUUCUAAUGUAAAUUCAGUUGACUGCCCUUAAAAAGGUCCACACACAUGUGAUGUCUCCUAGAUUGGCCAAAAUGUCCUAGCUCGAAUCAAGUAUCCAAAUGUCUCCAUGGGAAUAGAAUCUCCUAGAUUUUAUCCAACAUUUAAGGAUCAAUUUCUUUUUUAAAAUAAUCUUUAAAAGUGCUAUUAGAGAAUAAAAUCUUGAUUAAUUUGAUUAUAAUCAUUUCCUCAUUUAUCAGACAAAUGAGUAACAUUCCAAGUUUUUCUUAUAUAUAUAUAUAUACCUAUAUUUUAUGUGAAAAAUCGUGGAAGACUGUAUUCAUUUGCAUUCAUGUACCGGUAUGUUAUUGUUUAUGUAGAAUUGUUUUGUAAUGAAAAAUCGUUUGUGCAAUAGGUUUCAUCAUUUAUGUAUCGUAAUUGUUCAUUCAAUGUGUCAAGAAUAAUGUUGCAGGCACUGUAAUGGUUCUGAAAAUUAAAUAAUGAACUGGUCAUCAUCAUUGGUUAUUAACUGGAUAUCAGGAAAUAUUUGUAUUAUACAGAUCUUGUCAGCCAUUUCGCUCCAAGUGACUUCAUCUGGGUGAGAGAUACCGGUAGAUUGAUCUUCACCUCAUCAAUUUCGGAAGACGCACUCAGCUGAUCACACACCUGUGCUGCGUACCAGUUUUCAAAAACAAUUUUGCACUUUUGUUUACACUCAAGUAUAUUGUAAAAAUAUGAACAAUUUGGCGGUAUAGUAAGGUAAAUCACUGUCUGUUAGCUUUAAUGGUACUAAUACAAAAUAUUUAUCGAUAAUUAUUUUCAGUUUAAAACGGCCAUAAACCAUGUGCCAUUAUGUGUAUGAGUAGCUCAGAUAUGAUUAUACAUUGAUUGACAAGAAUGUGGUCGAUUUAAUUAGCUUGUCCCUUACCUGUUACUUAGCGCUUGUCAGAUAUAGGGGGAAACAAAACACACUGAACACAGAACUUUCACCGUACUAUUACCUGUAUGCUAUAUAACUAUUACAAAAACAAAACUUUGAAUCAAAUUUACGCGGAUUUAUUUUACACGAUUCGGAAAUCGUCGCGAACAAAGCGGAUAUUAGAUUCAUGCGGAAAAAACCUGAUAUACGAUAGUAUCAGUGUUGGCGAAAGACGCCGGACUACCGGAUAUC